AUGGAACAAGUCUCGAUCGGCGGCAGCAGAUACUUACUGCUCGUGGUUGACGAAGCCAGCGGUUGCAUGAAGGGCUUCUGUCUGCGGUCCAAGUCUGAGAGUGAAGACUGUAUCAAGAACCACAUUAUCAAGAUUCAGACUCAGUUCGGCACGAAGAUCAAGUUUGUUCGGCACGAUGGAGCGCAUGAGUUUGCGACCAACUCGAUCAAGACCUUCUACGAAGAUCAUGGUAUCGAACAACAGGUCACGGUGCCGUAUGCACACCAGACCAACGGCACCGCAGAACGCGCAAUAAGGACCAUCGUCACGAUCGGACGCAGCUUGUUGCAUCAUGCAAAGCUGGAGAAGUGUUUCUGGGCUGAAGCGGCAGUGACGGCGAUCUACAUCAAGAACCGCCUGCCUUCACCCAAGAUCGACCACAAGACUCCGUUCGAGAUCGUGUACAAGUCGAAACCAAGUGUCAAGCACAUGCGCGUGUUUGGAUGUCGGGCGUUUAUCCUGACACCAAGGGAGAAGCGAUUGAAGUGGGACCCGAAGGCUCGUGAAGGGAUGUUCAUGGGCUACGAAGAAGCGUCAAAAGCUUAUCGAGUGUACGACAUUGAGGCGGGCCAAGUGGUGAUCAGUCGUGACAUCACCUUCGACGAAUCGACUUUUAACUUUUCGAUGGACCGACCAAGUGACGAUGAUGAAGAUGCGGAGUUGGACCUCGACCUCCUGGCGAUCAACGAGGACGACGUGCGUCAAACCGUCUACAAGCAGACUGGCAAGCGCAAGAGUGAAGCAAGACCCGGCAUGUCACGUUCAGCUCGCCCUCGAACUGGGUUGGAACAAGCAAGCGCGCCGGAACACGUCUCCAACCGUCACCAGAAACGACGAUCAAGUGCUCCAGAAACGAUGUCUGAUGACGAAGAAGACGCGAGCGUCUACGAUCAAGAUGACGACUCGACGCCUCCAACAUUUUGGCGUGCAAGUGCAAACGCAGUGGAAGCAACGGACCUAGCAGAACCUGUGACUUUUCAAGACGCGAUCAAUGGUCCUGAUCAAGCUCACUGGCGAAAUGCUGUGAAGACGGAACUCAAGUCGAUGCAUCUUCGUGGAUUUUUCCGUGCGGCAAGACUGCCAAGAGGCCAAGGCGCGAUCGGCACCAAGUGGUUGCGAGAUGACGCAAAGAUCUAA